AUGGCAGCAACUGACUGCUUAAUAUUCGUUCUCGGCAGUCAUAAUUGGCAGCAGGAGUCUUACUUCAGCACCGGGUCAGCCAUGGUUCACGAAUUGCAGCACAAAGCCCUCAACGAUAUGCCAGGGGUCCACUGCUAUUCUUUGUGGCCAUCGAACGUUCUUAAAACUCCCGAAGACCGAGACGAUUACCGAGUGAUUGAAACAGAUCACGAAGUGCCAAUUUGUGAAGGUGUGCACCCUCAAAGCUCCCUCAGAUUUCACUCUUUGAGUACAGACCAAUUUUCGAAGUACAUGGAACUCUUGGUCACUAAAUGCUUGGACUUCAUUAACUAUAUAGAGCAGAAACACGGGAAAACUCUCGACUUUUUGAUGGCCCAUCACGUGUUCAACAACCCAGCGGUUCUAGCUGCAGUCAACCAACAAAGAGUUUGGGAUGGCAUGAAAAAAAUCCCAGUUUUUGCUUUUUCACACGGAACAGGAAUGAUGAUGUAUUUGAACGAGUUAGACAACCACCCCGAAUUCCCGCUUCGAUUUUAUCCUUGGGUUCGAAAAGCGGUCUGUUUGUUCGAAGACGAAACCGAAAUCCAGGGAGUUUUUACUCUAACAGAACUUCAAAGAAGCAGGUUCUGCAAUCUCUUUCCAAAUUUCCCCCAGACGCGAGUUAAAUUAGCAACACUGGGCUACCAACAGACGAUUUUCAGAAAAUUGGCGGUCCCAGAAAACCGGAACGAAUGGAGUUUGAAAUGGAAGCAGGUUUUGUAUGAGGAAAUUGACGAAUCAGUGUUGCCCCUUAAUAUAGGAAAUAACAAACCGCUGCCUGAUCUGCACUCUUUUGAACAUAUAGUCGUGUUCUGUUCAAAAUUGGACAAAGUAAAACGCUUAGAACUUCUACUGACAGCUUCGAAAAAUUGGGAAGCUGACAAAAAGUCUAUUUUAACUUUAAUCGCUGGUAGUGCUUCCAAAGAAAACAUUAAAACAUACGUAGAUAUGGCUUACUAUGAUCUAAGACUUAAAAAUACUUAUUUCAUUGGUGCUUUAAUGCAGAGCGAACUAACGAAGCUGUUCAACCUGGCGGAUAUUGUUGUGCUUCCGAGCAAAAUGGAGGCAUUUCCCAUGGUUCUCGUAGAAGCGCUGGCGUGCGGUACCCCUGUAGUUGGUAUUGAUACUUGGGCUUGUUCCAGCUUCACAGCUGAAAAUGUUGGGAUUUUAAUUAAAGAAAACGAAGAUCAAAACCAAAUGGCGAGAGAUAUCAAUGAUAAUGUUACGAAAGCGUUGAGCGAAAAUUGGAAGAAGACUAAAAGCGAGCAUUGUGCCAACUUAGCUCUAAAGAACUUCUCUAAUCCACGUAGAGUGAAGCAGCUUCUGGACUGCGUGAAAGAAGUGAUCGGAGACUGA